AUGGAGAAAUUGGUGUUUGAUUCGAGAUGGAAGAGUUUGAUUAUGAGAUGUGUGACAAUAGUAUCAUAUUCUUUCAAAAUUAAUGGAAAGAUUAGCAAAUCAAUUCAACCUUCAAGGGGAAUUCGCCAAAGUGAUCCUUUAUUGCCUUAUCUUUUUCUCAUUGUGGCUGAAGGUCUGUUUGCUUUGAUUAAGAAGUCAGUGGAGGAAGGGGUACUGGAGGGUAUUUCUAUCUGUAGGAGGGAGCCUAAACUUUCACACUUGUUCUUUGCUGAUGAUAGCCUCAUAUUUUGCAAGGCUACCUUAUUUGAUUGUGAUUAUUUACAACAAAUUUUCCAAGUGUAUGAGAAGGCAUCAGGUCAACAACUUAAUCGUGCUAAGACUUCUUUUUUUUUUAGCAUCAACACCUCAAAAGAGGUUCAGGAGGAAAUAAAGGUUCGGUUUGGAGCACAGGUUAUUAAACAACAUGAAAAAUACUUGGGAUUGCCAUCCCUUGUGGGGAGGAACAAAAGAGCUAGUUUUAAUGACAUAAAAGUUAAGCUUUCUAAGAAAUUGGCUGGUUGGAAGGGUAAACUUCUUUCAAAGGCAGGUAAGGAGGUCUUGAUUAAAACAGUGGCCCAAGCUAUCCCCCCUUACACCAUGAGUUGUUUCAAGAUCCUGGACUCUCUUUGUGACGAGCUUACUAGUAUGAUAAGGCAAUUUUGGUGGGGGCAACGAGGAGAGGAGAAGAAGGUGGCUUGGUUGAGUUGGGAUAAGUUGUGUGAACCAAAGGAGAGUGGUGGGAUGGGUUUUUGA